UAUGCAAAGAAACACCCUACGACUUUCAAAAUUCCUGAUGGAACUUUCGAGGAUUCAGAGAUGUCGGACGUGGUGACUACAUUCAUCAAGGAGAAUUUGACCACAAAGCGGGGGAGCAUGAAGCAAAAGAUCAAUCAUAGCCUCAAAACCAAGGUGAAUAUAUCUGUCCUCGCGAAGUCUCUAGCAUCAACGGGUCACGAAGUUACAGCGGCACAUUGGGCGCGCUUUGCCUUUCUGGUAAGUACGAGCCUUCUACUCCUGUUUGACAGCGCUGUUGCUGUCGUGGAGAACAGGGACUCUGAAAUCAUCGACUCCCCCAAGGCCCCAGGUCCAGGUCCAGCCACAAGCGAUAAUGCAGAACCCAAUGGAGUCACAGUCGCCGAUACGAUAGAGAAGGCACGGAACUGGGUAUCAACCGAAUAUUGGGAAUUUGUUGACAUUCUUCUUCGUGAUGUCAGGCAGGAAGCUCGCACCAUUGGGAAGACACUGUUGGAACGUGAAAAGAUAGUCGAGACGUUUUUCAUGUCAUGUCUCCAAGAUGACAUGAAGCGAUAUUCGUCUACUCACUCCCUUAUUCCAACUUUUGACAAAGUAACCGUUCACUGGCAGAAAGCGAUUCAUACUGGGCUCAUUUGGUAG